CAGGCAAGCGGCUUCUACAGACAGGCAGCCCAGCACCCAGCCCUCGCCUGCCAACAGCCUGGGGUGUACAGUGCCCACAGACAGGCCAGCUUCUCCAGUGGGCAGGUGACACCCUGGGGCAGCGUCUUGAGUUUGCCUUAGCCAUGGGCAUGAGCUCUUCUUGGCCUCUGCCAGCUUCUCCUGUUGGCCUCAGGCAGGGUGGGGCAGCUCUCUGACCCCGAGGCUGCAGCUAAGUUGUCAGGGGCUCAAGGGCCCCGGUGGCCUGAGGGGCAGGAAUGGCAGGAGAUCUCUGUUAGCUCCAGAUGCUGAUGAGCCCCCAGUGGUUUGUCUCUGACUGGAGGUUGUGCAGAAGGACCAACGGAUGCUGACUGGCCAGGAGAGCCCCUGCCUCUGAAGCCAUCUGAUUGAUAAGUGCUCUGGUUGUACAUGGAGGAUGACCGAAAAAACCAAUGGUGUGAAGAGCUCCCCAGCCAAUAAUCACAACCAUCAUGCACCUCCUGCCAUCAAGGCCAAUGGCAAAGAUGACCACAGGACAAGCAGCAGGCCACACUCUGCAGCUGACGAUGACACCUCCUCAGAACUGCAGAGGCUGGCAGACGUGGAUGCCCCACAGCAGGGAAGGAGUGGCUUCCGCAGGAUAGUUCGCCUGGUGGGGAUCAUCAGAGAGUGGGCCAACAAGAAUUUCCGAGAGGAGGAACCUAGGCCUGACUCAUUCCUCGAGCGUUUUCGUGGGCCUGAACUCCAGACUGUGACCACACAGCAGGGGGAUGGCAAAGGCGACAAGGAUGGCGAGGACAAAGGCACCAAGAAGAAAUUUGAACUAUUUGUCUUGGACCCAGCUGGGGAUUGGUACUACUGCUGGCUAUUUGUCAUUGCCAUGCCCGUCCUUUACAACUGGUGCCUGCUGGUGGCCAGAGCCUGCUUCAGUGACCUACAGAAAGGCUACUACCUGGUGUGGUUGGUGCUGGAUUAUGUCUCAGAUGUGGUCUACAUUGCGGACCUCUUCAUCCGAUUGCGCACAGGUUUCCUGGAGCAGGGGCUGCUGGUCAAAGAUACCAAGAAACUGCGAGACAACUACAUCCACACCCUGCAGUUCAAGCUGGAUGUGGCUUCCAUCAUCCCCACUGACCUGAUCUAUUUUGCUGUGGACAUCCACAGCCCUGAGGUGCGCUUCAACCGCCUGCUGCACUUUGCCCGCAUGUUUGAGUUCUUUGACCGGACAGAGACACGCACCAGCUACCCUAACAUCUUCCGCAUCAGCAACCUUGUCCUCUACAUCUUGGUCAUCAUCCACUGGAAUGCCUGCAUCUAUUAUGCCAUCUCCAAAUCCAUAGGCUUUGGGGUCGACACCUGGGUUUACCCAAACAUCACUGACCCUGAGUAUGGCUACCUGGCUAGGGAAUACAUCUAUUGCCUUUACUGGUCCACACUGACUCUCACUACCAUUGGGGAGACACCACCCCCUGUAAAGGAUGAGGAGUACCUAUUUGUCAUCUUUGACUUCCUGAUUGGCGUCCUCAUCUUUGCCACCAUCGUGGGAAAUGUGGGCUCCAUGAUCUCCAACAUGAAUGCCACCCGGGCAGAGUUCCAGGCUAAGAUCGAUGCCGUGAAACACUACAUGCAGUUCCGAAAGGUCAGCAAGGAGAUGGAAGCCAAGGUCAUUAGGUGGUUUGACUACUUGUGGACCAAUAAGAAGACAGUGGAUGAGCGAGAAAUUCUCAAGAAUCUGCCAGCCAAGCUCAGGGCUGAGAUAGCCAUCAAUGUCCACUUGUCCACACUCAAGAAAGUGCACAUCUUCCAUGAUUGUGAGGCUGGCCUGCUGGUAGAGCUGGUACUGAAACUCCGUCCUCAGGUCUUCAGUCCUGGGGAUUACAUUUGCCGCAAAGGGGACAUCGGCAAGGAGAUGUACAUCAUUAAGGAGGGCAAACUGGCAGUGGUGGCUGAUGAUGGUGUGACUCAGUAUGCUCUGCUCUCGGCUGGAAGCUGCUUUGGCGAGAUCAGUAUCCUUAACAUUAAGGGCAGUAAAAUGGGCAAUCGACGCACAGCUAAUAUCCGCAGCCUGGGCUACUCAGAUCUCUUCUGCUUGUCCAAGGAUGAUCUUAUGGAAGCUGUGACUGAGUACCCUGAUGCCAAGAAAGUCCUAGAAGAGAGGGGUCGGGAGAUCCUCAUGAAGGAGGGACUGCUGGAUGAGAACGAAGUGGCAACCAGCAUGGAGGUCGACGUGCAGGAGAAGCUAGGGCAGCUGGAGACCAACAUGGAAACCUUGUACACUCGCUUUGGCCGCCUGCUGGCUGAGUACACGGGGGCCCAGCAGAAGCUCAAGCAGCGCAUCACAGUUCUGGAAACCAAGAUGAAACAGAACAAUGAAGAUGACUACCUGUCUGAUGGGAUGAACAGCCCCGAGCUGGCUGCUGCUGACAAGCCAUAAGACCUGGGGCCCAACUGCCUCUCCAGCCUUGGCCUUGAUCCCAGAAGCUAGAGGAGCUAUUUUGAUCUCCGGAUUUACAUGCAUUACCCUCAUGUUCCCUGAAUUCUCCCAAAAGCCUCUCUGACCCUGGGUUUUUGGCCUAAACAUCCAAGAUUCCGCCUCCAAGUUUAGCCCAAGUUUGUGGAGAGUACAGACUGUGUUGGCUGGGCUUCCGAGAGCUUCGGCCUGCCUAAGUCUGAGGAAGGGAGAAGGGGGCAGCUGUCUUUCAGGAGUCUGUCCUGGGACUGGGAGCCUGGGCAGUGAUCCGCUCUGAAGAAGGCCACUUGCAAAAUGACAUACACCUUGCUGCAGUACUGCCCCCCUCUGGCUCUUUUGCGCAUAGCGACUCCUCCCUUGGUUCUGGCCCCCACUUUUUCUAACAUGUGUUCUGAAUACUCACUUUUUCUAACAUGUGUUCUGAAUACUCACUUUUUAUAACAUGUGUUCUGAAUACUCCCUUUUUCCCUGCACACGCAUGUACUUCGAGCACCGACUAUAGACAUUUAGAUCAGGUGCCCAGUGUCUGUCUCCCAAGACAGGCCAAGGGAUGUGAUAGUGUUGUUGGGAGGGGGUAGAAGGGUGCCCACUCAGGGUUAUUCCUCCCCAUCAGAUACUCCAGCUCCUGCUCUGUAGAUUGAUCUGUCUGUCUGCUAGCCAGGAUGGGAACUCUGCAGUCUUCUGUGGACCAAGGAGAUAGACCCGGCUUCUGGUCCAUUCCAGGGCAGGGAGUGAGGAGCAAGGCAACUGGCAUUUGUCCACCUGGAGACAGAGGUAGCUGGCAGCUCUGGCCAUCCCUCCCCUAUGAAGAGCAUUCCUAAAGAGGCCCUGAAAACUGCUGGUGGUGGGGAGACUCUUCAAGUUAAUAUCUGCAUUAGAGGCACCUAUGAGUUUAAAAAUUCCUUUGAACUAUCUGUGGUUAUUGCUCAACUCUGCUGCACAUUCUCUCCCUCCCUUCAUUAAUCCCUCUCUUUUCGCUAUAUGGUUGUCCCUCAGUAUUCAUCAGGGAUUGCUUUCAGGAGUCCCCAUGGAUACCAAAAUUUGUGGAUGUUCAAGUCCCUGAUACAAAAUGACGUCGUAUUUGAAUAUAACCUAUGCACAUCCUCCCAUACUUUAAGUCAUCUCUCGAUUAUUUGUAACACCUAAUACAAUGUCAGUGCUAUGU